AUGAACCACCUUCCACACGAAGUCAUUCUCAACAUUGUUUCGCAAUUGGACCCCAUGGACUGCAUUGAGUGCUUCCAAGUCUCUCGACAAUGGCGACACCUUUUACCACUGUAUGCAGCACGACCUUGGCGAGACAUCACAGUGGACAAGGAUUCUCUUCAUAUGCUCUCCUAUGUUCAUGUCUUUGGUCGCUUUGUGAGAACUGCCAGACUCAAGUUGAAAGUGCUUGGAACCAUGAUCACAGCCUUGGAUCGAUUAACGUCAUGCUCUUUAUUGGAGAAGCUUGAGUUGCGCGAUGUCCAUAUUAUGUUCCCUUACGCUAUUCAAGCAAAAUUGAUGUUUUGUUUCAUGCGUUGGCGUUUACACACAUUUGCCAUCAUCAAUGUCGAUGCUCCCAGAGUGAACCUUGUCGACUUUAUCCUACUUGCAGCAAAUUACAACAUUCACCAUGUUGCAUGCACUAGUAAUGGUGAGGGCCUUUUCCAAGCACAACAAUGGAAACUACAUCCCAGCAAUCUCAGCGCACUCAUUUCACUCGUCAUCGAUCAUCCAGACAUUCGUGAAGAGGCCAUCAGAGCCUUGUUGUCUUUCACGCCCAAUCUUGAAUAUCUGGAGCUGGGUUCAUCCUUUAGGGAUGAUAUCCUCAUGUCAUCUUUCUUUACGCUGUGCCCCAAAAUCACCCAUAUCCACCUAGCUGGCGACCUUGCGAUGCCGGACGAAGACAUUUAUCCCAGAGAUUACUUGCAAUUUCCAACAACCUCGGGUGGUGAUCAAGAGGUUUAUCCUGGAUUACGCUAUUACUGGAAUGACAUGUCACAAUUUGAUCAAGCCGAAUACGACAUGUUAUUGAGAUACCAGUCAACUUUGGAGCAUGUUCGUGUCGGCCAUUAUCACCCUUCUCGCUUUACAUUCGAUUGGGAAACGUUUACAGCUUGCUUUUUACCCAACACAACACUCAAGCACCUCGUAUUGCCACUGUAUCAUCAGCGCAUCGGUUCACAUACUCAAUAUGAAGAUGGAUAUGCCUAUUGGCUCAAUGCAUGUCAAGGAUUGGAACAUCUGGAGCUGCAUUCCAUUUGGUACACGCUUGGAGCAUCAAUGAUGCAUACAUUGGAACAUCACCUCCCUUCCCUUCGGCGCAUCGAUAUGACUUUUCAUGCAUUCCACACCUCUUUCGAUAAUCCAUGGUCGGGCAAAGGAGGAGGUCUCUUUUUAAACCAAUUGCAGUUGUUGCGAGCACUUCGAUAUCGUUGCAAGCACACGAAUACGUUUACAGAGCUGCAAAUCGGUUUGCAUGGACGAUACAACAUGUGCGAUAUGGCGACUAUCCUUUCAAUUGUAACCACCAUCCGCACACUUGAGAAGCUCACUCUACGAGGCAUUGGGUAUUAUGAUUGUGAUGAUGAGCCGGAUAUACUUGGAUUUGUUGAAGGACUUCGAUUCAGUCUUCCUGGUCUCAAGCACCUACGAUUGGAAUCCUUUUGUACCGUCACCAUCAAUAUCAUUUAUGCUUUUGCAACGUUGCGCUGGCUCGAUUCACUCGCUCUAGUGGACGAUGAGAUUACAGUAGACGGCGCUGAGCUAUUGGUUACUUCGAUGGGCAAUCAUUUGAAACAUCUCUACCUUGUCAAUUGUGGACUAGCCAACAAUAAGAUUCUCCUUCAAUCACUCGCACAGGACUAUGCUCGUCUCGAAUGUAUGAUCCAUGAUGACGAUGACGACGCAUAA